AUGGUUUAUGUUGAUGACAUAGUGAUUACAGGGAAUGAUACUACUAAGAUCACCCAGCUAAAAGAGCACUUAUUUAGUCAUUUCCAGACCAAAUAUCUGGGAUAUUUGAAGUAUUUCCUUGGUAUUGAAGUGGCUCAAUCAAGAGAUGGUGUUGUGAUCUCUCAAAGGAAGUAUGCUCUUGAUAUUUUAGAAGAAACAGAUAUCCAGAAUUUUAGACCUGUUGAAAGCCCUAUGGAUCCAAAUCUGAAGCUCAUGACAGAUCAAAGUGAAGUUUAUCCUGACCCCGAGAGAUAUAGGAGGCUUGUGAGAAAACUCAUUUACCUCACCAUUACUAGACCUGAUAUCUCCUUUGCUGUGGGAGUGGUUAGCCAAUUUAUGCAGAAUCCUCAUUUGGAUCAUUGA